CUGGGCGGCGCGCGCCGCUCUCCGUGCGACGCCUGGCAGCGGGCGGACGGGCGCGCGCUCUCGGUGUCGCGUCGCUGUCCCCGCCGUCUCCACACGGGAUUUCUGAGCCCCGUCACUCGCGCCGUCUCCGCAGCUACGGUGUCGGCGCUGCGGCCGAGACGCCGGCGGGAGAGGACUCCGAGGCCCGCGGCCCUCGAGACCUGCGGCCGGGGCCCUCGGCGUCUGCGGUGAGAGAAAACAUGGCCACUGCAAUUAGGGAUGUGGGAGUUUGGAGACAGACCAGAACACUUCUACUGAAAAACUACCUAAUUAAAUGCAGAACUAAAAAAAGUAGUGUUCAGGAAAUUCUUUUUCCUCUGUUUUUUUUAUUUUGGCUAAUCUUAAUUAGCAUGAUGCAUCCAAAUAAGAAAUAUGAAGAAGUAUCUGAUGUAGAACUUAGCCCUAUGGACAAAUCUAGCCUCUCUAACCUUAUUCUUGGAUAUACUCCGGUGACUAAUAUUACAAGCAGCAUUAUGCAGAGAGUAUCUACCGAUCAUCUUCUUGAUGUUAUAGCUACUGAAGAAUAUGAAAAUGAGAAAGAAAUGCUAACAUCCAGUCUUUCUAAGACCAGCAACUUCGUAGGUGUGGUCUUCAAAGACAUCAUGUCCUAUGAACUUCGUUUUUUUCCUGAUAUGAUUCCAGUGUCUUCUAUUUAUAUGGCUUCAAGAGGUGGCUGUUCAAAGUCUUGUGAUGCUGCUCAGUACUGGUCUUCAGGCUUUACAGUUUUACAGGCAUCGAUAAAUGCUGCCAUUAUACAGUUGAAGACCAAUGUUUCUCUGUGGAAGGAGCUGGAGUCCACUAAAGCUGUUAUCAUGGGAGAAGCUGCUGUUGUAGAAAUAGAUACCUUUCCCCGAGGAGUCAUUUUAAUAUAUCUAGUCAUAGCAUUUUCACCUUUUGGAUACUUUUUGGCAAUUCACAUUGUAGCAGAAAAAGAAAAAAAGUUAAAGGAAUUUUUGAAGAUAAUGGGACUUCAUGACACUGCUUUUUGGCUUUCCUGGGUUCUUUUGUAUACAAGCUUGAUUUUCCUCAUGUCCCUUCUUAUGGCAUUCAUUGCAACAGCUUCUUCGUUAUUCCCUCAGAGUAGCAGCCUUGUGAUUUUUCUACUGUUCUUCCUAUACGGAUUAUCAUCUGUGUUUUUUGCUUUGAUGUUGACACCUCUUUUUAAAAAAUCAAAACAUGUGGGAGUAGUUGAAUUUUUUCUCACUGUGGCACUUGGAUUUGUCGGCCUUUUGAUAGUUCUCAUGGAAAGUUUCCCCAAAUCGCUAGUGUGGCUCUUCAGUCCUUUCUGUCAGUGCACCUUUCUGAUCGGCAUUGCACAGGUCAUGCAUUUAGAAGAUUUUAAUGAAGGUGCCUUAUUUUCUAAUUUGACUGAAGGUCCCUAUCCUCUAAUUAUUACUAUUAUCAUGCUAGCUCUUGAUAGUAUAUUCUAUGUCCUCCUGGCUGUGUAUCUUGAUCAAGUCAUUCCAGGGGAAUUUGGCUUAAGGAGAUCAUCUUUGUACUUUCUAAAACCAUCAUAUUGGUCAAAAACCAAAAGAAAUUAUAAGGAGUUAUCAGAGGGCAACAUUAAUGGGAAUAUUAGUCUUAAUGAAAUUGUUGAGCCAGUUUCUUCAGAAUUUAUAGGAAAAGAAGCUAUAAGAAUAAGUGGUAUUCAGAAGGCCUAUAGAAAGAAAAAUGAAAAUGUGGAGGCUUUGAGAAAUUUGUCGUUUGAUAUAUAUGAAGGUCAAAUUACUGCAUUACUGGGCCAUAGUGGAACAGGAAAAAGUACACUGAUGAAUAUUCUUUGUGGAUUGUGCCCACCUUCUGAUGGGUUUGCUUCUAUAUAUGGAUACAGAGUCUCUGAAAUAGAUGAAAUGUUUGAAGCAAGAAAAAUGAUUGGCAUUUGUCCACAGUUAGAUAUAAACUUUGAUGUUUUGACAGUAGAAGAAAAUUUAUCAAUUUUGGCUUCAAUCAAAGGAAUACCAGCCAACAAUAUAAUUCAAGAAGUGCAGAAGGUUUUACUGGAUUUGGAUAUGCAAGCUAUCAAAGAUAAUCAAGCCAAAAAAUUAAGUGGUGGCCAAAAAAGAAAGCUGUCUUUAGGAAUUGCAGUUCUUGGGAAUCCAAAAAUACUACUACUAGAUGAACCAACAGCAGGAAUGGAUCCCUGCUCUCGUCACAUUGUUUGGAAUCUUUUAAAAUACAGGAAAGCUAACAGAGUGACAGUGUUCAGUACUCAUUUUAUGGAUGAAGCUGAUAUUCUUGCUGAUAGGAAAGCUGUCAUAUCACAAGGAAUGCUGAAAUGUGUUGGUUCUUCUAUUUUCCUGAAAAGUAAAUGGGGAAUAGGCUACCGCCUGAGCAUGUACAUAGACAGAUACUGUGCCACAGAAUCACUUUCUUCGCUGGUUAGGCAGCACAUACCUGCAGCUGCUUUAUUGCAACAGAAUGACCAACAGCUUGUGUAUAGCUUGCCUUUCAAAGACAUGGACAAAUUUUCAGGCCUGUUUUCUGCUCUAGAUAUUCAUUCAAAUCUGGGUGUUAUUUCUUAUGGGGUUUCCAUGACAACAUUGGAAGAUGUAUUCUUAAAGCUAGAAGUUGAAGCAGAAAUUGACCAAGCAGAUUAUAGUAUAUUUACACAGCAGCCACUAGAGGAAGAAAUGGACUCAAAAUCUUUUGAUGAAAUGGAGCAGAGUUUACUUAUUCUUUCUGAAACCAAAGCUUCUCAAGUGAGCACCACGAGACUUUGGAAACAGCAAGUGUCUACAGUAGCAAAGUUUCAUCUGCUCACAUUGAAACGAGAAAGCAAAUCAGUACGCUCAGUGUUGCUUCUGCUUUUAAUUUUUUUUGCAGUUCAGAUUUUUAUGUUUUUCGUACAUCAUUCUUUUAAAAAUGCUGUGAUUCCCAUCAAACUCGUUCCAGACUUGUAUUUCCUAAAACCUGGAGAUAAACCUCAUAAAUACAAAACAAGUCUGCUGCUUCAAAACUCUACUGACUCAGAUAUCAACGAUCUUGUUAACUUUUUCACAUACCAGAACAUAAUGGUGACAAUGUUUAAUGACAGUGACUAUGUUUCUGCUGCUCCCCACAGUGCAGCUUUAAAUGUGGUACGUUCAGAAAAGGACUAUGUUUUUACUGUUGUUUUCAACAGUACUAUGGUCUAUUCUCUACCAGUAAUGAUGAACAUCAUUAGUAACUACUAUCUUUAUCACUUAAAUGUGACAGAAGCGAUCCAGAUCUGGAGUACCCCAUUCAUUCAGGAAAUUACUGACAUAGUUUUUAAAGUUGAGCUGUAUUUUCAAGCAGCUUUGCUCGGAAUCAUUGUUACUGCAAUGCCACCUUACUUUGCCAUGGAUAAUGCAGAGAAUCAUAAGAUCAAAGCUUAUACUCAACUUAAACUUUCGGGUCUUUUGCCAUCAGCCUAUUGGGUUGGACAGGCUGUUGUGGAUAUUCCCUUGUUUUUUGUUGUUCUGACUUUGAUGCUUGGAAGUUUAUUUGCAUUUCAUCGUGGACUGUAUUUUUACCCUGUAAAAUUUCUUGCUGUGGUUUUUUGCCUUAUUGGUUAUGUGCCAUCAGUUAUUCUCUUCACUUACAUAACUUCUUUCACCUUUAAGAAAAUUUUAAACACCAAGGAAUUUUGGUCAUUUAUCUAUUCUGUGACAGCAUUAGCUUGUGUUGCAGUCACUGAAAUAACUUUCGUUUUGGGAUAUGCAGUUACAGCUGUUUUUCAUUACGCCUUCUGCAUAGUCAUUCCAAUCUACCCACUCCUGGGUUGCCUGAUUUCUUUUAUCAAGGGCUCUUGGAAGAAUAUACCAAAAAAUGAGAAUACCUACAAUCCAUGGGAUAGGCUUUUAGUUGCUAUAAUAAUGCCCUACCUGCAGUGCAUACUGUGGAUUUUCCUUUUACAACACUAUGAGAAAAAGCAUGGAGGCAGAUCAAUAAGAAAGGAUCCGUUUUUCAGGGCCCUUUCAAAAAAAUCAAAAAAUAAGAAGUUUCCAGAGCCUCCAAUCAAUGAAGAUGAAGAUGAAGAUGUCAAAGCUGAAAGACUGAAGGUUAAAGAGCUGAUGAGUUGUCAAUGUUGUGAGGAGAAACCAGCCAUUAUGGUAUGCAAUUUGCAUAAAGAAUAUGAUAACAAGAAAGAUUUUCUUCAUUCAAGAAAAACUACGAAAGUAGCAACUAAAUACAUCUCUUUUUGUGUGAAAAAAGGAGAGAUCUUGGGACUGUUGGGUCCAAAUGGUGCUGGCAAAAGCACAAUUAUUAAUAUUCUAGUUGGGGAUGUUGAACCAACUUCAGGCCAGAUAUUCCUAGGAGAUUAUGUUUCACACUCAAAUGAAGAUGAUGAAUCUGUUAAGUGUAUGGGUUACUGCCCUCAGACAAACCCACUGUGGCCAGAUAUUACUCUGCAAGAACAUUUUGAAAUUUAUGGAGCUGUGAAAGGAAUGAGUGCAAGUGACGUGAAAGAAGUAAUAAGCCGAAUUACAAAUGCCCUUGAUUUGAAAGAACAUCUUCAGAAAACUAUAAAGAAACUACCUGCAGGGAUCAAGAGAAAGCUGUGUUUUGCUCUCAGUAUGCUGGGGAAUCCUCAGGUUACUCUGCUGGAUGAACCAUCCACAGGUAUGGACCCCAGAGCCAAACAGCACAUGUGGAGAGCUAUUCGAACUGCAUUUAAGAACAAGAAGCGGGCUGCUCUUCUCACUACUCAUUACAUGGAGGAGGCAGAGGCUGUCUGUGACAGAGUGGCUAUUAUGGUGUCUGGGCAGCUAAGAUGUAUUGGAACAGUACAACAUCUAAAGAGUAAGUUCGGCAAAGGCUACUUUUUGGAAAUUAAAUUAAAGGAUUGGAUGGAAAACCUGGAAAUAGACCGCCUUCAAAGAGAAAUUCAAUAUAUUUUUCCAAAUGCAAGCCGCCAAGAGAGCUUUUCUUCUAUUUUGGCUUAUAAAAUUCCUAAAGAAGAUGUUCAGUCACUCUCACAAUCCUUUGCCAAGUUGGAAGAAGCAAAACACACCUUUGCCAUUGAAGAAUACAGCUUUUCUCAAGCAACACUGGAACAGGUUUUUGUAGAACUUACCAAAGAACAAGAGGAAGAAGACAAUAGUUGUGGGACUUUAAACAGCACGCUUUGGUGGGAAAGAACACAGGAAGACAGAGUAGUAUUUUGAAUGUUUCUGGUUACUCUGCUUACUGACACAGAACUUAUUUAUUCUUUUUAUUUUAACUUUGAUUUAAAAUGUUAUUACUUGAAUAGUAAUUGAGACAUGAAAGCACUUGGGAAUUUCUUUACUUCUUAAUUUAUAUACUAUGGUUGUUUGUUUGGCUUUCCUUUAAAUAAAUUUGUGUCCAAUUGUCAGUCUGCAUGCUUAUAGCUGAAGUAUAUUGAAUGUAGUCUACAUGCCAUCUUUUUCACUUUUCACAAAACAAUGUUUUUCAACUUAUGAUUUAAAGAAAUAAUGAAAGAAUUCUAAAUAAUAUUUAAGUUUAUACUGUCUUACAUAAUUAUGUAAUUUCCCAGUGCUAAUUAAAAGGACGAUAGACAUAAAGCAAUGAGGAAACUUUGGCUUUUCUUUAGAGUUUGUAAAAGAAACUCUUAGUGGAAGCUGUCAUCUGUAAAAUGCAGAGGCUGAGAAGUGACAUCCACUAGGUGGCAGUCAUUAUCCUAGUAAAUAAAGCAAAGCCUUAGUCCAUCUAGUAAGUGAUUUUAAAACAUCUAGGUAAUUAGAUGUUUUAAGUUACAUUUCUUUUUCCUACAUUAAAAUUCACAUGUGUUUUGGUGAUUGUAAUUCACAGAAAGACUAUGACUAGAGUCUUGCUAUGUAAUAGUCUGAUUUUCUAAAACUACAAUGACAGAUGUCUGUCGAGGCUGGAGAAUUCAUAUAUACCUUUCUCCAAAUGAUGAUUCAAACAAAAAAAAACCAAGACAUUGUUGCCUUUCUCACAAAGGGCACCCUUAAUUUUAUUCUUAGACAAGAAAUGUAUUGGAUAAUAUUUUAUGUUUUAAGUAGGUCAACAUAUAUAUUUCUUUAAAAGGUCACCUUAAUCACCUCAGAACAUGGUAGAAUAUAGUAACUCUUUCAGGGAUUAAAUUAAGAAAUAAAAAUUAAGAGUUUCAUUCUUAUUUAGUCGGAACAUGAUAUGAUAAUAUAAUCUUAGAAAUAUUUCAUUAUAUGACUCAUGAAAAGGUAUACUAACAUAUUAUAGUUGAUAGAUAUUAUAUUUCAAUCUGUUGUAUAAAGUUAGCUUUGCAAAAACAUGUAUGUUGUGGUGUGACUUUUGCAUUGGAGAGAUAGAACAGAAAGGCUUGCUACCAACUUCUUUAAAUACUAAAACUUUCAAUGAAGUUAUUAAUUACUUAAUGAACUUUUAGUCCUGUUGGGUAAUGAACCAUUGGUGAUUUUAGGCGUAGUAGUGAAUUUAGUUGUUCCUUUCUCAGUACAAAGUGGUAUAUGGCUGACAAUUUCCUCUAUUGCUUUGAUACUUUCCGUCCACAUUCCUAAAGGUAUUUGUGUAGUCUCAUAUCUCAGAGCUACUCUAAUCUAAACAAACAAUUCUACAAGUCUGCCUAGAUUUUGUGUUCCCCUCAGCUAAGUUCUGUAUUUAUAGUUUACUAGGACAGUUACUGAAAAAAGUAGGUUUCAUUUGUUUUUUUAAAAGCAUUUGACCAUUCUAAGACAGAAUGGUUGUUUCAGAGAGAUCGUGAACAUACACCAUUAUCACCUGCUUUUUCAUAAGAAUUUGGUCACUGUCUAUUAACAUUUCUGAAUGUGUGAUCAAUAUAAGGUAUACUUUUUCUUAGGGAGUAAAAGUUGAGAUUACAUUAUCUAAUCAUCUGUUGUGUUAAUCCAGUUAUAUUAUUUUUCUGUAUAAAACAAAGUUUUGUAAACAUUUUAGAUAAGACAUUUGAAUAUAGCUUUUAGGUUGCACAUACCCAGUACCUAUAUUUUGGUCAUGAACCAAGUUUUUCGGUUGGAAUCUCCUAUUCCCCUUUAAAAAUAGUAACAUGAUUUAAACUAUUCUUAAAACAAGGAUAGGGCAAAAAGAAGACAGAAAGACAAAUAGAAAUUUAUCAUAUUAUAGUAUAAAGCUUGGUUUGCACAUAUGCAUAUUUUAAAAUAUCUUAAAUUAUUGCUAUUAAAACUUAGUUUCAUAUCAAUACAAGUAAAUACAUAAGUAUAUUUGUUAGGCAAAAGAUGAAAAUAAACAGCAACAUCACCUUCCUGCCUUACAUUUUCCAUCUGUGGCCAAAUACUGAAAAAUAGAAUAAAGGUAAAGCUCUAGUGACUGCCUAUGAAGGCAGUGUUGUCCUCAGCACAGAGAAGCCAGUCGUUUGGUGGCAAUGAAAAGCAUCCUUAGUGUUUUACUUUGUGCGGUUCUUUUCCCCCUCCCCCUUCCACUUUAUUUUUAGUAAAAACAAUGUUUUUGAUUUUUGUUGUUCCAAAAAUUAUUUUUUAUAUAUUUUGGUAAAAACUAUUCUUAGUCAGUUUUGGUUUCACCAUUAAAAUCUUUUUCAGUACUUUCAUUCAGCACACCCUCCAGUGACUGUGUUUCCAGAAUGGGCUUUGUGCGUAGGAGGAGGAGCUGGUUUUGGCUGUGUAAGAUCUCACAUGCUAUUAAAAGAAGGAUAGAUACUUAAGUAACUAGUUAUGGUAUGGAAAUGCUUUGCUACUAGUACUAAAAAUAUCUUAUAGGACAAUUAAUAGCACAAUUAAUUUUACUAGGGGAAGUGUUGUUUUCAUGUGUCUUUUUUGGUCACUCAGUAUCUCAUUCUGAUUGUGCUUUUUGCAUUUGUUAAAAUGCAAUCAUAUUUUCAUGUCGCAUAUAAGUAGGCAUUAAUUUUUUUAAUAGUAAAUGCUUUUUCUUAAUGUAUUUUUAAUAUUGUUAACAUUGACUUUUCAUCUUUUCCCUUGAAAUAGCAUAUAACAUAAAAUGAAAGAAUUUAUUCUCAGGUGAAUUAUUUUUGUAUCAGCUAUUCUUAUAAGGUAAAAAUUUACUUAUUUUCUAUUCAUAAUGUGUUGUAUGUAAAAAUUCUCAAUACUACCCUUUAAGAAAAAUGAAUGUGCUUAUAUUAUUAAUAAUAAACUUUAAGAGCUAAAAGUCUAAGACAAAUUUUAUUUUGUAUAGCAAGGUGGAUUCUUUGUUAUUUAGUGUUUAUAAUUAGAUGAGUGACUUAAACUAAAAAUGGAAGCAACAAUAUAUAACUCAAAUAGUAAUAUCUCUUAAGGACCUGCAUAAAAUAACGGAUAAGAAAAUGUUGAUGAGGAUUGUGAUUUAAUUAAACUUAGGUUGUGUUUAUUUUUAUGUUAAAGGUAUUUCAUACAAACACCAAUCAUUCAUUUAUACUGAAUAAAUACCUGUUUCCUUAUAUUUUUAAAAUAAAUUUGAUUCUUUCACUUAGGCAA